AGAAUCGGGGAUGCGCCGGCGCACUGGGAGCGGACGCAAGUCGGGAGGCAGGCCGGACUGGGGCCGUUCGGCCCUCUGCUGCUCUUGCCUGCCAGUUGCUAGGAGUCCUGGCAAAGCGCAGACGCACUGAGGGCAGAGCUCUCUCGGCCUUCUGCUGCCCUUGCCUGCCGGUUGCUAGGAGUUGUUGACGCCGCGAGUUGGCAACAACCCUGCAGCGGGCCGGGGCCAGCCGGGGGAGUCAGUGCAGACAGGCUUGGCUCUUUCCAGGGUCUGCACUUGACCGGAAACGAGGGCACUGUGGCCCCCCCCCCCAAGGCCCGUGAGGACAGAUGGAGCCUGGGAAGAGGCGAACCAAAGAUGAUACUUGGAAAGCAGAAGACCUCAGGAGACACCUCUGGGCUGUGCAGUCAGGUGGUGCCAAGGAAGAGAAGAAGCACAGGGAAAGGGAGCUGUACAAGGAGCUGGAAAUUGACAUCCCUGACUACAAAGAGCACAGGGAUCCAGGCCGAGAUGUUCAGAGGCACAGGGUCAGGGGCGCCAGCAGAGAUGCCCGCACCUCUGAGGAAAGGGAUGGUGAAAGACGUGGGGAAAGGAGAAAGGAUGCAAGAGACAGGGAGAAAGAGAGGUCGAGAGAGAAACAUCGAGAACAAGAUACAGAGAGGUCUCACGGCAAAGCCAAGGAAAGAGAAAAGGAAAAAGACAGAAGGCUGAGGAGAGAGGUGCGCCGGGAGACCACCGCCCACCAUGACCUCCUGGACAGGGCGGAGAAGAAGGUGCGCUCAGGAAGUAAAGUAAGAACUGAAGAGAAAGAAAGGAGAGCUGAAGACCCUGAAAGAGGAGAUGAAGAUAGAGAAAGAAGAUACCGGGAGAGAAAGCUGCAGUAUGGAGACAGCAAAGACAACCCCCUCAAAUACUGGCUCUAUAAAGAAGAAGGGGAGAGACGACAGCGGAAGAAACAUCAAGAUAAAAGCAGUAUCAAGGAAAAGAGAGAAAAGUACUCCAAAGAGAAGAGCAGCUCGUUCUCUGACAAAGAAGGGGAAGAAAAACGCAAAGAGAAGCGACAUAAACAAGGCUUUCAUGUCGAUGAGGAGAGGCACCGAAGCACCUUGGAGCGGAAAGAGAGAUCGUUGAAGGAGGAGCACAGGAAGAGGGAGCCCGAGAGCGGUGAACACAGAAAUCGAGGUGCACAUUUGAGAAGAGAUGGGACUGGCAGCCAGCAUGCUGAGAAUUUAGUGAGAAGUAGUGGGAAGGAUAAAGACUUGAGGAAGGAAAUUGAGAAAGAAGACACUGAUUUAGAGAAUGCUGGGGUUGAUGAAUACUCUGCGACUUUUGAAGAUGAUUUUGAAGACUAUGAAGAUGAUUUUGAAGUUUGUGAUGGAGAUGAUGAUGAUAGCAACAAUGAACCUGAAUCAAAAGAAAAAACUGAAGAACUUCCUCUAGCUCACAAAAGGGAAAUCCAAGAAAUUCAAAAAGCCAUUCAUGCAGAAAAUCAAAGGAUUGACGAGUUGUCUGCACAGAGGUUUCAGAAGCAGGGUUGGAUGGAGAGUAACAAGGACUUCCGGGCAGAUCCAAACCAUUCCCCUUCCAGAGCACCUGUCUGUGGGAUUUUUGUGGAUUUUGCAACAGCCUCACGUCGACAAAAGAGUCGAACUCAGGCCCUUAAACAAAAGUCAAGAAGUACAAAAUUACUUCGGCUUAUUGACUUGGAUUUUUCAUUCACGUUCUCUCUCUUGGAUCUACCACCAGUUAAUGAAUAUGACAUGUAUAUCAGAAACUUCGGGAAGAAAAAUACGAAGCAGGCAUAUGUUCAGUAUAAUGAAGAUAAUGUUGAACGAGACAUUCAGACUGAAGACAUAGAGACCAGAGAAGUGUGGACCCAACAUCCUGGAGAAGGCGCCAUUGUUUCUGGAGGUAGUAAAGAAGGAGAAACAUCUACUGCUACAUUUGUACCAAAGAUUAAUACUCCGAGGUUAUCUAACUUUCUCCGAGCAGCCUGUCAGGUGAUUGCUGUUUUGCUUGAAGAGGACCAUUUGGCCACUGAACCUACCUGCAAUCCCAGGACGCAGGACAGCACCUUGUCUAUCAGUGACAGUGCCUCCCGGUUGAAUACCAGCCUGCCAUUCCUUCAGAACCGCAAGGUGUCCUACUUGCAUGCCUCUCAGGUUCAGAGACAAAUGGUGGUCUCAGUCCAUGAUUUACCUGGAAAGGUAUUCACCCAGCCGCUGGACUACAGAUACAUCCUCUGUGUUUGGGAUAUUUGGCAGCCGUCAGAGCCCCAGAAGGUGCUGAUAUGUGAGUCCAAGGUCACGUGUUGCAGCUUUAGCCCUUUUAAAGCAUUUCUGCUGUUUGCUGGCACUGCGCACGGCUCUGUUGUUGUGUGGGAUUUGAGAGAAGACUCCAGGAUACAUCAGUAUGUGAAGUUGAGUGGUGGCCCUUGGACUUUCAGGAUACCCACGUUUUCCACUGAUGGAAUCCUGAUCUCGGUGAGCCACCAGAGUCCUCUUCAGGCAGUAGAACCCAUCUCCAUGUCUCCAAGCAGGAAGCAGAACUUUGUGCUUUCGCCCUUUUCUGCUCAGGAAGGAGCAUCAGGAUUAUCAUUCCACAUCGCUUCCUUGGAUGAGAGCGGGGUUCUUAAUGUGUGGGUGGUGGUUGAAUUGCCAAAGGCAGAUAUUGCAGGUUCAAUAAGUGAUUUAGGCCUCAUCCCUGGAGGGAGGAUUAAGUUGGUGCAUAGUGCUGUGAUCCAGUUGGGUGGCAGUUCUUGUCGUAAGGAUAGUGAGUUCUGGGGCACCACACAAACCCUAAACAUCAAAUUUUUGCCUUCGGACCCUACUCACUUCGUUGUUGGUACAGAUGUGGGUCUUAUAACUCAUGGCACAAGGCAGGAUUUGAAAGUAUCUCCCAAAUCAUUCAAACCUCAAGAGUGUGGGUUAAGAGCAGUGAAGGUUAAUGUGAUCGACUUCUCACCUUUUGGAGAACCAAUAUUCCUGGCCGGCUGCUCAGAUGGAAGCCUCCGGCUGCACCAGAUGAGCUCCGAGUGGCCACUGGCACAGUGGAACAGCAGCACCGGGGGGCAUGCCAUCACUGGCCUGCAGUGGUCGCCCACACGGCCAGCCGUGUUCCUGGUCCAGGAUGCUGCAUCUACCAUUUAUGUCUGGGACCUCCUGCAGAGUGACCUGGGCCCUGUGGCCACACAGCCCAUCUCUCCAGACAGGCUGGUGGCCAUGACUGUCCUGGGGGAGCCGGAGAGGCCCAGCGGCAGCUUCCUGGCUCUGGUGCUGGCCAGGGCCUCAGGCACAGUGGACGUGCAGUACCUGAAAAGGCAGUGGGCAUCCAGGCAGGCGGAGGAGGGCCAGUGGCUGUGCCUGUUCCUGCAGGAGGCCCUGGUAGAGCGUGGCUGAGGCAGCUGUGGGCGUGUUGGGAGGACUUCACUGGUAUAGCACCCAGAGUCACUCUUGUACCUGUGUGCACUUUACAGAAGAUUACUUCAGUGUUCCCACGCAUCAUUUUUGAAUGGAAAUAACAUUUUUAUACAUAUUAAACUUUGGGGGAAAUACUGAGUCAUGUCCAGUAGGCUCUUUUCUGAGAGUGUUUCUGGUUAUUUUUGGAAGGGCUUUAAAAUAUUGUCACAUUUAUUAUUAGAUUUUAAACAGUCCACCUUGAAAAUGUAUUUUAAUGGGAUGUUUUCUUAUUCAUGCAUACAGUAAUAAUUAAAGGGAAUUACUCCACUGAAA